CACCACCACCACGCAACAGAACCUACAAUCCCCUCCCCGGGGCAUCCGCAGAGUUACAACACACCAAAAUUCAAUCUCAGCGACACAGCACCAAUGGAUCCCCGUCUCCAACCACAACCACCACAACAACAACAACCCACACACCACCUCAAACCACCACCCUCAUCCCAACAAUCGCAGCAGCACCACCACCAGCCCCGCCCUUCAAUGUCAGCCACGACUCGUCCCCCGCUGACCAUCCACCCUACCGCCCAAAUCGCCGACACCACCAUCUUCCAAGGCCUCCACCCCAUCUCCAUCGGCGCCCACACCAUCAUCCACCCGCGCGUCCGCCUCUACUCGCACGAGGGCCCUAUCCUCAUCAACAAUAAUUGCAUUAUCAGUGAAAAGACGGUGAUCGGGACGCCGAGUCCGCUUCCGCUUCCGGUGUCGGUGUCAGCAUUACCCACGACCAGCACCAGCACCAGCACCAGCACCAGCACCAGCAGCACACACGAUCCUACCCAAGCAGCAGCAGCAGCAGCCACAACAACCCAGUCUACGGCUACGGCGACGGCUCCGACAGCCCUCCCCAUCCGCAUCUCCUCGCGCGUCACCAUCGGUCCCGCGGUAUCCAUCGCGCCCGGAGCGCAUAUCCAUUCGGCGGCGGCGAUCGACGCGCUCGCGGUGAUCAAUCGGCGGGUGAACAUAGGGGCGCAUGCGCGGGUGUGUGCAGGCUGUGAGAUUGGGGCGGGGACGGCGGUGGGCGAGUGGGUGGUUGUUUGGGGCAGUGGUGGGGGCGCACAGCGGAGGAGGAGGAGGGAGACCAAGGGGAUGGUUUGGGGGCACCCGCAGCCGCAAAAUCAGGGAGGAGGCGCGUCGGAGGCGCCGUUGGAGGCGAGGACGUUGGAGGAUGCGCGGUUGAUGGUUUUGGAUCUAGAGAGAGAGGCGGUGGGGAGGUUGUUGGUGUCACAGAAUAGGAGGAGGGCGUGA